CCGCUCCCAUUUAUUAUUACUAUUACUAAUUUACUAUAAAUAAAUAUCAAAACUUGUUUGCCAACACACCAUCAUUCCAGCUUCCCUUUUCAUACAACUACAAAACCCCUCUCUCUCUCUCUCUCUCUCUCUCUCUCUCUCUCUCUCUCUCUCUCUAAAAGUGAACAUAACAAACAACAGCCAUGGGUGGUGGCGCCGACGAGGAGUGGGUCAACGCCGCCAUGACCGACGACGCUAUGGUGGUGGACCUCCUGGUGCGCCUACACCGCGCGCCGCCGUCAAAGCCGCUGGAGUGGAGCGUGCGGCAGAGGAGGUCAAAGCCAGCGACGGCGAGGAAACCUGGUCGCAGCAGCCCCACCAAUCCGCUGUCGUGGAGCGAUGCCACCUCCGCCUCUCAGGACUCUACCCGCCCGCUUCCCUUCAAACUCUCCACCUCAACCAGAUCUAAGAAUAAUGUAGAUGGUGAAAAGACCAACUCCAAGAGGUCAAGAAAAAAGAAGACUUUGGCAGAGCUCAAAGACGAAGAGAGCUCACUGCUCAAUGAAAGAAGAGAGCUAAAAAGGGAAAUGGCUGCCUUACGAAUGAAUCUGGAGAGACAAAGGGCUACACACGAGAAACUAAAGCGGAUGAAGAUUGAUCUGCAGCCAUCUCACGAAUCAACAUCCGUAGCUGAGGAAUCAGUCUCUGGUCAACAACUUCAAAUGGGAUCAACGGCUUGUGAUCCUACUACUACUCUCACAACGCCAAUUGUCUCGGGGAGUGAUGUCCCUCUACAAUCCUCUGUUUCAAAUGCUCGUUGCAACGGGAAUGCUGAUGCAGCAUCUGGUUCUAAGUUCAUCCUCCCUGAUCUAAACGUUCCAUUCGAUGAGCCCAGCUAGCUAGACCAUCAACGGUGCACCUGUUCUCGACUAAGAUAGAACAGGUGCAACGAAUGAUAUCUAUACUUGAUAGAGACUAACCUCUUUAGGACAGAGUACUGUAGUUAUACGGUAGAAGCAGUUACCUCCAACUCGGCCCGACCAACUGCCAGUGGUUGGGAUCUAUUCUUUUUGUUAGUUAUCACCAAUGUACUAGAUUGGAAAUACUAACGUGUGAGAAUAUGUCAAAUUCUUCUUCUCUUGAAUUUUUCUAGAGAUUUUUAUAGGCGAAAAUGUAAAGUGUUUGGUUUGUUUUGGGCA